GAGAGCGCUCGCGCCGGGGCAGCGGACGAGUUUGUGGAAAGUUAAUUGCGGCGAGUAAAAGUGAGAAGGCUCCGCGGCUAUCGACGGCCACGCGAGGGGGCGCCCCGGGCCGCGAGCAGUGCCUGCGCGGCCAUGCAGCAUGCUGGCCAGCUUCCUGGGCUGUCUGCGCUGCCGCAGGGGCGACGUGGUGCGAGUCGCCGACGGCGCCGCUCCCGCUCCCAGGGAGUAUCGAUAUACUUACAGGCGCCGCUCCUGGCCGUACAGUCCCGAAAAGCUCGCUUCCAGAGCUGCCGAAGCGGCGGAAGUGAAGGAUCAGCGAAACGAAGAGGAUCGUCUGUCUUCUGGAGACGGUGCUGAAGACACGACAGGAGACGGUAAUGGACAUCAUCAAAAUGAUUUCGCCAGCCCUGAAGAGGUACGUGACGGGGAAUAUCCCGAUAGAGACAUACAGCGCAGUGCCACUGCUGAUAACACCGAUCUACUUGGCGCAGCCAAUAUUGCUGAGAGCUCAACCGCCAAGACUGAAACCAACGGUGCGAGUUCGCUCAGCAGCGCACCUACCACGUUUACCGAAGUGUCUCUACGAGGCGCGAGGUCUCGGAAGCAAACGGCUACUCGAUGUACGCCAAGUGUGCCUGCCGACGACCUGCAGAAUUCUGUUAAACGAGACACGGACGGUGACACGUCGUCUGUGUCUUCGCAGUCGACUAGGACGUCCGUUGAAAGGGAAAGCGACGAUGCGGCUGCGGAGCCACUAUUCGAGAGAAGAGGAGUCGCUGAACCACCACGAGUCCCCGUCGCUGCUCCAGGUGACGGUACUAGUGGAUGGUUUUGUUGCUGCCAUCGAAAGCCGAAGAUUACGAACCGUCGACCUGCACUGACACCGAAAAAGAGGUCUCGACUGCAUACAGUUCGAACACAGACGACGGACGUUCUGAAAACAAGUGUAGACGGGUGCAGUGCGAUUUCAGUGCGCGGUGUCUCUAACGGAGUUUCGCCUAGUGCUCUUCCGACGGACGAAGAACUGGGUGUCAAAGCUAUACAGGACAGUAUUUGCCACAGUAGUGACAGCCUAGAAGAUUACGGCCAACCGAUAACGACCUCGACGCCCCACAAGAACGCAGACCUCCGCCACAAAUCUCGUUUCCCAGAGAGCGGGCGUCGACCCAGGAGACCGCGACAGGAAAUUCCUUCCUCGGACUCGCGCUGUAGAAGUACGCGCUCGAAAAGCGAAAGGACUGAGGAAAGUAUAGCCUCGGUGUUCCCGUCGUGUCCAGCCGAGAACGUGGUUUUCUCCAGUUCCGUCCAAAGGAAGCGAAUGUUGCGGGAGAGCGACGGCGCGAACCAGCUGGCCGGGGAUAAUGACGGGGGAUUUAUGAGCGGCGAAGUGUUGCUGGACAGCCGCGUCGUCGCGGUGAGGGAGACCGCCAGGGCUGGACCGGCGGGCGGUGGUCGCGGCGCGCGGUCGCUGUUGCUGUGCUGUGGCGGACGCAGCGCCGGACGAAAGAAAUCGCCGCCCAGGCGGAAACUCCGCAUCGCGCUCCGGCACCGCCGCAGGAAGAGCGGGCCGCGCCACCACAGGGGGCAGCACUGCUCUGACGUCACCGAUAGGCCGUCCCUCAAGGUGCACAACUACCGGUACGGCCGGCUGAACGUGCUCCGGUGGCUGCUGUGGGAGGCGGAGAUGCCCGCGCUGGAGCGCAGCGCCAACGGCGCGCUGGCCCUGCACUACGCCGCCGCCAGGGGCUGCCUGGACUGCGUGCGCCUGCUCGUCGAGUCCUCCAACGAGCUCAGUGCCAACACGCAGAUGGACAACGAUGUGACGCCAGUGUACCUGGCGGCGCAGGAGGGGCACCUGGACGUGCUGCGCUACCUGGUGACGCAGGCGGGCGGCUCGCUCUACGUCAGGGCCAAGGACGGCAUGGCGCCCGUGCACGCCGCCGCUCAGAUGGGUUGCCUGCCUUGCCUCAAGUGGAUGGUGCAGGAGCAGGGCGUGGACGCCAACCUGCGCGACGGCGACGGCGCGACGCCGCUGCACUUCGCGGCGAGCCGCGGCCACGCCGACACCGUGCGCUGGCUGCUGCGCCACGGCGCCAAGCUCACGCUCGACCGCUACGGCAAGAGCCCCAUCAACGACGCCGCCGACAACCACCAGAUGGAGUGCCUCAACAUCCUGGUGCAGCACGGCGCCACGCCAGACUACCACGAGGAGACGACGGCCCGCACCAACGGCAAGGUGCGACCUGGGGCGUGCUGCCGCGACCCAGACCCCUGCUGCGCUUGUUCGGAAUGCGGGUCCCGCGAGCCGUUCUACCUGCACCCGCCCGGCCCCGUCUCUGGCGCGCCCCCGCAGCGCUCGCCCAGCGGCGGCAGCACGGGCAGCGGGGGCAGCGCCGCCUCCUCGUCGUCGGUCGGGGUGACGGCCCCGGCGCCGCCUCCGCAGCAGGACGGGCUGUACGUGAGCCCGCUGGUGGCCGCCCCCGCCGCCGCCGCCGCCGCCGCCCCCGCGCCCGCCAGUAGUCGCGCCAGCACCUGCAGCUCCAGCUCGGCCGGCAGCGAUCCCUUCUACCUGCACGACCCGCGCGGAGUACCCCACACGCGCGUCAAGGACCUCUUUCAAGAGCAGCAGCAACAGCACAUACAGCCUCCACCCGUCGGAGUCACAGUGCGCGUGGAGGUGCACCAGAGCAGCAGCUCGGGCGCCGGCUCCGACGAGAACCUCAGCGACGUGAGCAGCGAGCCGCCCACCGCCCCCGUGUCCUCCGCGGGGCCCGUCAGCGCCGCCCACGCGCACGCGCCGCCCUCCGUGGCCGGCGACCACGACCACGACUACGAGGACAUCAACCUGGUGCACGACCACGCCAACAACAAGGAUGCCGACCCGCUCGCGCAGACCUCGCGCGCGCCGUCCAUGGCGCCUUCUACAGAGUCGGGCGUGUCGAGCGCCUCGCCGUCGGAGUUGGGCCACUCGGAGAGCGACGACGCCGAAGCCUCCCGCGCCGCACAGGAGGCCGUGGCCGCCGCCAACGCCAGGAACACGCUGCCGCACCGGCCCAGCACCGGCUCCUCCAGGGCCCUGAAGCGAGUGGUGUCGGAGCCCGCACAGCUGUCUCCGCCGCCUCCGCCCCCACCGCCUCCAAUCGCCACCCCCGACAUGGACGCCCCAAAAGCCGCCCCUGCCCAGACUGAUGCCUCCCCGCAAGUAGACUCCAGCAAGUCACACCAGCAGGAGGCGGUUCCAGCUCCGGAGGCAGCCGCCCCCGCGGGAGAGGCGCCGGCCAAGGCAGACACCGUCGUCUUGGAGGAGCCGUCGCUGAGGCCGUCCGAGGUCCGCAAGACCAACAGGUCGCCUUCCAUCGCGUCCACCUCGUCAGCGGCCAGCAGCGCCAGUGGAGGGGGCGCCACCCCUCCGGCCUCGACGACGCCCGCUCCGGCAGCCGCCGUCACUCCGGAUCCGCAGCCCGAGCCCGAAGGCCGCUCGGGACCCAACCUGGUCAACAAGCAGAUGGUCCUGCCCUUCAUCCCGCCCAGGUUUCCCAGCGGGGCCGGAGACUCGGACGCGCUCAUCAAGCCUUCGGAGUACCUGCGCAGCCUAGGCGGCAAGCCGACCCCGGUGGCGGGCCUAGGCGUCAAGACGGAGUCCUCCGCGCAGCAGUCGACGGUGGCGGCGCCCGCCGAGCGCGCAACAUCGCCGCCGCCAGCGGCUGUGACCGCCCCCGCCCCUGCAGCGCCAGAAUCCCCGGCGGCGCCCCCAGAGGCGCCGGCGCCACCCCCGCCGCCCCCACCCGCCCUCUGCGCGCCCACCACCAACGGCAGCGGCGACGACGAGCCGACGACCCCCACCGGCGGCGAGGAAGGGGGCAACGGGACCCAGAGCCGCAAGACGCUGCCGCCGCAGCCACUGGGCGCCAUCAGCAUACAGGAGCUCAACAGCGUGCAGCUGCGACGCACCGAGAAACAGCCCGCUACCAAGACCAUGUCGGCGCCCCCGGCCAAGAACAACAUCCUCUCGCCGGAACAACCGUUCCUGGCGCAGAAGGAGGACCUGAUUGCCGAACUGAAGGCGUCCAAGGACAUCCCUGGAAUCAAGAAGCUGAAGGUACAGCGCGCUAAAGUGGAGGAGCUACAGGAGAAAGAGCUGCUGAACGAACUGUCUCGAACGCUGACCGCCAGCACGCUCAUGGAGAAGAUCCCGGACAAGGACGCAACGGGCAACCCGAUCCCCGAGUGGAAGCGGCAGAUGAUGGCGAAGAAGGCGGCGGAGCGCGCGCGCAAGGAGAUGGAGGAGCAGCUGGCGCGCCAGGCCGAGGAGAAGAGGCUGCAGUCCAUCCCAGCCUGGAAGCGGCAGCUGCUCGCCAAGAAGGACGACUCCAAAUCGACUCUGAGCCGCGGCCCAGAGGAGAAGCGACCCAGCAAGGCGGACGAGCGGCUGCAGACGGCGCCUGGCGCCCCCACGCCCGUGGACAGCAGCAACAAGGAGAACAAGACGCCGCCGCCGGAGUCGCGGCCCGACCCGGGCACCGAGGAGGACGACGAACCGCCGGCGCCCAUCAUGCCGUGGCGCGCGCAGCUGCGGAAGACCAACAGCAAGCUCAGCCUCAUAGACUGAGCGACUUCCCCCUCCCAACCCCCCCCCCCCACCCCAUGUGCUACUCAGAUGUGACUGCUCUCCCGCUUUGGACGAUUGUUCGUGUAUAGUUGUAUUCACCCACGUCGUCAGCAGCAUAGUGUAAAGAAAAGGGACCGCGUGAUAAGAUAAUUAUACAAAAGAUUUCGAUAAGGGACAUCUUCAAACAUAAUAAAUAAACUGUUAGGAUCUUUGGUGAUAUUUAUGAACACAAUACAAAGGUAUGUUCUGUAUACCCUCUGAUGUUUAUUGUAUGGACUAUAUUGUAUUUAUUAUUGUAUGCUGGUGUGAGUAUAGCUGAGUUUCUACUUCGUCUCAUGCUAGAUUUUAUUGCUAACGAGAACAUUUCAGGUUAUUUUCAAUUUCUCCGAUUUUGUUAAACAGGAAAGUGUUUCAUUUUAACCAUAGGUAUAAUAGACAGAUAAUCAGAAAUUUCUUACAAUGAAGCUAACACACCUUGUUGGAAUUUAUUUCAGUACUAACAUAAAUUCAUGCAUCAAAUUAAUUAUACAGUCUAUGUAUCAUUCUAUCCAUUGUUACUAUAUUGUGCAUAGUUUAAGUAAAUAAAAGAAACAAACUGCGUUAUUAUUUCUGCUGAAAUACUGUGACUAUACCGUUCCAAGAUUAUUUUUAUGUGCCUUACACUACCUUAUAAGAAUAGUUACUCCAUACUUUGUUAGUUAAUUCAUUAAUAUAUGAGUUCUUUAUUCAGUAUAAAUGUACAAAAUUAUUUGGUACAUUUACAGUUUUCACAUGCAUUUAUCAGAAUGGCAGUGGUAUAGGCUCUUACACAUAAGACAUUAUAGGAUUGUGUACUAUUUCAAAUGACUCGUAAAUAGAAUCUCUAACUUUUACCCAUUAUAAUAAUAAUAUUAUUGACACUUGGAUGUGAGAGUAUUAGAUCUCACAUCAGCUCCAAAUGUGAGAAUCAUAUCUCCACAAAUAUUUAUUACACACUACCACUGACAGAUUUUCUGAAGUCUAGUGUUCUGCAAUAAAUUGUAAGAGGAUUCUGUGCAUGCUUCAGUAAGUCUGUUUCUUUCUAACACAUUUCUGAAGUAUAAUUUAAGCAGUUUUCUUAGAAACAUUCUCAUUUUGGUUUCUGUUAUAGUUGUUCAACAUAUGAACAUGACCAUAAAAUAUAUCAUUUACUUGCAAAUUAUAUGUGAUACUAUGUUAUGUUUGGGUGAUGGUGAAAAAGAAAUGAGGCAAAUCUAUGUGAGCAGUAUACAUGGGAACUAACUGAUAUAAAGUGUAAAUUUUCGUUAUUCAGCAUAGUAACUUGUAAAAUUUCUGUAUAUUUUUGUUGUAUUGUUAUAAAAUAAAUUUUUGCUGCAUAAAAGACACAUUAAA